AUGGUAAUCAUUUUCCUGGUGCUUCUGUUCUGGGAAAAUGAGAUGAAUGAAGGAUCAGGGACGCCAACCCUAGAGCAGUUGCAUGUGGACUACCCUCAGAGUUAUGUUUCUGUGAGGUACUGCAACUAUAUGAUCUUACAAAGAGUCAUCAAGGAACCUGACAACACCUGCAAAAAGAAACACAUCUUCAUCCAUGAGAGGCCUCAGAAAAUCAAUGCUGUCUGCACUUCUCUCAAGAAGAUGGCUUGUCAUAAUCAUUCCACCCUUUUCUGCUUCCAGAGCAGGAUAAAGUUCAAAAUGACGGUCUGUGAGCUCAUUGAAGGCACCAGAUACCCUGCCUGCAAGUACCACAUUUCCCCCAAGAAGGGGUUCAUUCUUGUCACGUGUGAUGACAUCGUGGCAGUUAGUUUCCAGGGAUUUAUUGAAUAA